AUGACAAAGAAGCCAACAGUCGUCUUUUUGCCGGGCUCGUUUGCCUCCGACGAAAUUUAUUUCGAUGUCCGGGAUGCCGUGAUAAAACGUGGCGUCGAUGCCCGUGUACUUCCACUGCCUUCCGUGCGGCUCGGACCGGAUGAUCACCGACCACCGCCCAAUAUGUUCGAUGACGCCGCAGCUAUUUCCCAAGAGGUCGAGAGGCUUGCCGACGAGGGAAGAGACGUCAUUCUUGUCUCUAGCUCGUACUCUGGUGUUCCCAAGACGCAGAGCUGUGAGGGACUGGGAAGGGCCGAGCGGGAGCGCAAUGGCAAAAGUGGCGGCCUCGCUACACUUGCCUACAUGUCGGCAAUAAUUCCCCAACUAGAUCAAGCCUCAACCGAGAUUUUGGUUGAUGUGCCGCUGGACCAUGUUAUCCCAAUGGACUGCGAUGAUGAUGGAUGGUUGAAAAUAGACCCAAUUGACUACGCCCAUUCUGGGUUUUUAGUUUUUUCAAACCUUCCAAAGGACCAGCAGAUGGCAUGGGCGAGGAAGACCGCCCAACAUUCUUCCAAAGCCUUUGGUAGCAAGGUGACUUUUCUCAGUUACACGAUCCCAGAGGUCGCUCUUGAGGUACUCUUCAGCGAGAAUGAUAAAGUAAUUUCACCGAAGAAUCAGCGACUGGGCAUUGAAAGAUUGGAAAAGUAUUCUGGAAAGACAGUUGGAGUCACUUCUGUUGCUGGAGAUCAUGCCCCGCACAUUUCCAUGCAGGAACAGGUCGUCGACUGGCUUGUAAAGAUUGCAGAGACCUGUUAA